GACCAGCUCCCGCGCCGCCCUAGUCUCGCCCUGCUGUCCGUCACCAUCACCAACACCGACAAAGGCGAAGCAAGUAGUUGGUGAGUAGGUACUCUGCCAGCUUAGUAGGUAGGUUUUACCUCCAGACUUGUCCCAGUCCUUCAGCGACGACGGCCACCUCCGACCUCGCCAUGCUUGGGCGGGCUCCCGCCGCCGCUCCUCCCGCCCUUGCGCACCUCCUGCCCAGCACCGCGGUCCGCCUUGGACCGCUCGUCGCCCCUCGGCUUGCUGAGCUCCUGGUUCGCGCCCGUGCCCUCGACCGCGCUCGCACUGCUCUCACCAUCGCCGCCGCGUCGUCCCCCCCGCCUUUGUUCUUGUCCUUGUUCCCCCCCCUCCUCCUGCUCCGCCGCGGCCGCGCGCCGCUCCGUCUCAGGCCGCGUCUUGUCCGGGUUAAAGGCCGCGUCCGGGUGCGCCCCGGCCACGUCGUCGUCCCGCCCCGUCGACGUGUGCUCCGCCGUCCGCGGCCGCAGAGUCUCGCGGUCCUGUGCGUCCUUGUAGGGCAGCGCCCGGUGCGGCGUCAUGUGGUAGUUGUGCUGUUGCGCGUGGGCAUGUGGUGCUGCUGCCACGGCGGGAGCUGCGGCGACAGCGAACGGCCGGCGGGGGGCACGGGCGCUUCGCAGCAGGGAGAGCGACAUGGCGGCUGCGGCAGAAUGGUGACUCGUGUAUCUCAUAGCUUCUUUCUUCGGGGUUUCAAUUGGCGUGAGGAAAGAUUCUACAUCGACAAGUAAAGUGCGUGGUGAGCAAUGGACGACGCGCUUCACACUGCUCUAUAAGUCAUGAUGACGCUCAGGCACAGCGCCGGACCUGACCUUCCGCGUUGACGUCAUGAAUCAUGGACCACCAGCCGCAACGACCACCAUCAGCGAUCGCAUCUGAUAGACCGCGAUUCGCGAACGCCCAGAACUGCAACUCGGGGCUACAGCCAGACACUCGAAAAUAAGAAGAAGAAGAACCCAAAUCAACCAAUAAACCGAAAUACGCUGGCAGGCGGAUCUUCUUGUAUAGCUUCUUAAAGCGAACCCAUACAGAGUGUUGCCGCCAUUUGCAUGAUGUGCGUGCCACAAUCUGCAGGUCAACAGUACGAACGAAGUAUUUCCCAUCUGUACAUGUAUAUACCUUCGCUUUCCAGAAAGAGAUCAACCUCAACCAACGCCAAACCUUUAAGCUUUCGGACCUCGCAUACCCCUUCUCGAAGGGCGGCCCGCCCGAGAUGACCCCAGCGUCAGGGAUGGCCGACUCCCCAACGAACAGCGGAAUUCCGCGAGCUUCUCAACACCCACCGCCGACCUUGUCCGUGAAAAUUGAUCAAGAUGAAGGAAAGGGGCGGCGUGAGCUUGUCCCAGGCGGCAUAUGCUCCGACAUACUUACUGUACAUGUGUAUAACCUGAGACAUUUGGGGGCCGCGGCACGACCAGCGGGGCUUGCGAAGCCGCAAGUGACAGAAACAAUAUGGAACCGUCAUCGUGCUACCGCAUCUAAUCACACAUGGCCGACCGGCAGCCGCCUCCCGAGCGCCGCGUGCGCGCGCGCGCAUGUGCAGCGUCGCACAGCACCAUCGCCAUCGGGAGGCGUCGCCGCCAGUGACGCCGCCGACGCACCACGACACCGUCAACCCCUGGCUUUUGCGGCUGGAAGGGAUGGUGGUCCAUUGAGCAAGCGACGCUCCUUUUCACACCGAUGAUGUACCAGGAGCCCUCGUUGGGCACGAGACAAAACCACUCUAUCCGACUAGUACGACCGUCUUCUGCUGCGUCCGAGACUGCGAUGGCUUCAAUAUAUAUUUCUGCCGCCCCUGAGGCUACGGUCGCCUGCUUUAUCGGCCAACAUUUACAUUCAUGCGAGUUAACCCGCGACCACUCGCCAACUUAACGCAACUUCUUGUUCGGGACGAUCUGCCAUUUGAUUCGAGCGGCUCACCUUGAUUGAUAUGGUACGGUCGGGAAAGAAACACGUGCACUGGUUGCCUGUACCGAGUAGAACCCUCGAGGAUGCUCUGUACGGACCCAAUGCCUUCGAUCCCAGCCGGUACCUGCGCAGUGGUGACGGAGCAGAAGAGGCCGACGAAACUGGCGCGCUCGAGCCUCGAGGUCUCGCGCGUGGCCGAGUACGGACCAGCCCGGAUAACGUUGAUGGCUUUGCUGCCGUGUUACUCCGUCGCACCCUCCCGGAUCCGUGUUGGACAUCAGAGGUGACGCCGUCCAUCAGACUGAAAGAUCUUCUCGCCAUCGAUGACCGGGUCACGGCGCGUUUGGCGGCGCUCUUCCCAAGCGAUACAGACGACAACAUCUCCCCGAGACAGGAAGGAUACGUCAAGAUUGGGGCGGGUGCUUGCGGCGCCAUCUUUGCCGAGCGAGGGCAGCCGUACGCGUUCAAACUGGCCAAGAAUCAGGACGGGUCGGAUCUAUGGAACGACUAUCGCAUGCACACAAAGGUCGCGCAGAGUUUCGCCCUCCACGGGUCUUCGCGGUUUCAGAUACCAAGCUGUGGCUAUUUCGUGCCCAAGGCCGACGUCAUAUUCUGGGAACGACAUCAACGCCUCGCCUUGGGUGUGGGGGAGACAUGCCACACGCCGUGCGCUGUGCUGGCCAUGGAGCGUAUCUCUCCUCUCCCCUUGGUGACACGAUUUGCCCUCAUCCAGAGGUUUUGCCGCCCGUAUCUUCAGGAGUUGGCCAUAUUGAGUAGAGCCAAUGAGGACUGCUUGGUAAGGCCCUACCUGGGGUCAAUGCAGGGCAACGAAACCUGCUUCUUCUCUCUGAGGAAUUUCAAGCUGCAUCUCAAUCACAUGCAGGACUUGGACAUCAACGCGACUGAUAUAGCUCGGAGAAUGGGUGAAGCUCUUGCAAUCAUGCACUGGUCUGCCCGGACGGAUGCGCGAGAUGUCGAGUUUGUGCUCGGAGGAUCCAGGCCCAGGGUCCGGCUAGUCCAGCCGGGACCUGCUGUCGCAGGGGCGGCUGGCAUCCCGGAGCAACAACAGUACACGGGCCCGUCAUCGCGGGGAUUCCCUGACUUCCUCCAGCGUGUGACUGAUCUCUGGGUGCUCGACUUCGACCAAGUCCGGCCUAUCACCAUGGACUUGGCUGGUGUAGUCCAGGCCAUAGAGGCGGCUAGGGUCAACGAUCCGUAUUUCCCCAGACCGUUACAGGGGUCGACAAUCGAGAAGCAAGUCUGGGAAACCUUCGCCAAGCGAUACCUCGACACGUCUGCCUUCAUCAUCGACUUUGAAGGCCUUCAGAAUGACAACGAGCUGGCGCCCUACCUGCCUCGGUGGUUCAUUAGUGGACUCAUGGGCAAGGAGAAGAGGCGCCAGAGCGAGGAGGGCAUGGGAGGAGCAGACCAUAAUUACGGGAAACAAUAGCUGCAGAAUCAAACGAGC